ACACUAGAGAGCUAAGAGAUUACAAAGGCACAGAGACCCAUAUGCCGACAAGCAAUGGAGACGAGUAAACUCAAUGUGAGGCGAAUGCGAGGUAACGAUCAAGGUAUUGUUGAAAAUGACUUCCCAGCAGAACCACAUGGCAGCAGCCCUGCCCGACCUGUUUCUGCUCUUGUUCGUCUCUACGUGUAUGCGCUGCAUGGCUGCCUCUGCGAGGUGGCCUUCACUGCUGUGUGGGACUGGUGCAGCACCCAGGACAGGAGGCUGGCAGGCCACAGCAGUCUGUGGGCACUGCCCAUGUAUGCCACAGCAAUCUAUGUCAUGGAGAGGCUGAGGGCCCUGAUGCUCGCUCAGAAUCACCCACUGACUGUGCGGCUCAUGCUCUACACUGUUUUCAUCUACCUGUGGGAGUUCAGCUGGGGUGUGGGGCUUAGUUUGUUGGGAGCCUGUCCAUGGGACUACUCAGGCCAUAGGUACAACCUGGGAGGACUGAUAACUCUGGACUAUGCACUUCCCUGGGCUGUGGCUGCAUAUAUAGCAGAACAGCAUGUGAUCAGGCACACUUUAAGAAUAAGACUGCAUAACUGAACUGCUGUUGUGACGAUCUGGACUCAUGUGCUUCCAAAACACUUAACGAAUUAAUUUCGUAUCAAUUAUAUUGAAAGUAACUAUUCUGUUGUUUUUAGCAGGAUAAUAAACCUGACUGUGUAAGUACAUUAAAGGAGUAGUCUUGGUUUUGGAAAAUAAGAUGACAAUAAGUCUUUACACAAAGCCACAGAUAUGAAUUGGCCCGGACACUUGGAAAAAUAAAAUAUUAUGAAGAAACAGCAGGUGUAGUUUUAAAGUAAAGUGAAUAAAAACAGAAAGAAUGAUCACCAAUGAGCUUUGAACUAUUGAGAAAGUGAAGCCAGCUUUUUUUAAUCCUUUGAUCUUUUCCCUGGAUUACUCACGCUAAGCUAAAAUAAUCCAAUCACUUAAUACAGUCAACACUCACCUUUUUAUAUCUUUGCUUUAAAAAGCAGUUUUAUUUUAAACAUUUAGCCUCAUUGAAAGUAGAAGAAAUUACAGCAAUCUAUUUUCUCAGUGCAACAUAAAUACUCUUUGUAGCUUCAAGGCCAAAUUCAUGCAUGUAAGCAAACGAGGAACUGUCCAAAUAUUUCAUCCUUUAGAAAGAUUGUUUAAAACAGCUUGUACCGAUUUGCAAUGAGGAAGUUACUCUAUGUAUUAAAAAGAACUGAACAAUAACAGCACACGUGGUUCAGCACAUGUGGGUGCACAUGCAAUUACACAAAGACAAACAUAGAUUUACGCUCUGUCUAUGCACACGCAGACCUAUUUAAGUGUCUACAGAUAAUGUGAGACAAAGCGUCCUGCAAAGUAGUAGAUGGGAGCAAAAUGAAAAACAGGAGAUGUCCACAAAUAUAGCUAAAUGCUGAAAAGUAGGCAUCAGAACAGAAACUAGUUAGUCAAAAACACAAACACGUACCCUGUGCUGUGAUUGGUGCCUUCCUGGUAACGUGUUUUGCUGGUGCACCUGAAGCAGUAAAAUUCUGAAUUCAAACAAGCUCAAAUUUCAGCACUGGGGAUAAAUAAAAUAGUAGACAAAACCUAAUAAGUGGGCUUUAAAUUAUCUUCAUAUAUGACAAUAACAUCAUUAAGCUUAUGCACUACCACCCCCAAAGUAUCUGGAAGAAUUCAAAUCUUUAUUGAAAGGCUCUUUCAGACUGUCGACUGAAGGCUAAUUACACUGCUGAUUUAUAAAGUGUCACCAGUUCUUAAAUGUCAGCUUUGUAAGACAUGACAAAUGUAGGUGGUUGAAAAGCAGAAGACAAGUACUCAACCAAUCAGAACUGUCCAGUGCAGCAAGCUCCACACCCAUGGUUCCCAUUACUUAUUAAUAAAUAUUGCCCCACCUAGCUGGAACGUUUUAUUGCAGGGCAACGUUCCUGGAUCUUAAUUUAUAGCUUACAUGUCCAUGGGAAAAGUUUCUGCAGUGAAAACGAUUCAGAAAAUGUUCAUUAAAAAAAAUAUUUGUAUUUAUUUUUUUAGUCUGGGUGCCAUCGAUAAUUAUGACUGGCAUCUCACAGCCAAAUGUGCUUUGAACUCAUUUCCAGUCAUUUGUGCAGUACUGGGGGAAAUCCCGUACUCCAUUAAACAGUGAUGAUUAAAUCUGGCAAGCUGAAGUUGGCACCUAUCAGCAGUGUCAUCUGACAACAAGGCUGCGUUCCUGAUACUCGUUGAAACUUGUGUUUUUAAGUCCUUUCAGCCACUGGGACUGAAGUUUAUGAGUGACAGUCAUCUUGCAAGGAAAGCACAUAUUUUUAUUUCUAUAGAUAUUUAUUUAUUUUUCUCUCAGCCAUUUUAGCCAACCUGCUAUUCCAUUUUAAGAUAAAACCUCUUCUCACUAACACUCUGGUAUUCAUCUCCUUUUUUAUGUUGCAGCUUUUGAGCCGGGUCGUAACAGCACUCACGUACAAUUACAUCUGAUAGGAGAGUACAGUUUUCACAUUCUUUAAUCACUUUUAUUGCAGGGUUUACAUCAUUUAGUCUUUAUGUGUUAGUCCAUGAAAUGCUUCUCAGUGAGCAGGACAGCACUUUCUAAUACAGAUGUGACUUAGAGUUCAUGCUUGGGUUGACGAGUAUUUAAUGAUUGAGGGUAUCAAUUAAUACAGCUACAAGUAAGAAAAGUAAAAAGAGAUAAAUAAUUUUUACAUGAAGAUUUGCUCACUUUAAUGAAUGCUACAGCGCUCUAUUCAUUUUUAGAAUCACAGUGGCAACACUUUGAAGUCUAUGUGAUGGUUUUAAACUUUGUUUUGUGUUCAAACAUAACCUUAAAAGAAAAAUUGCUCUUUUUAAGAAAAUAAUUUAUCUUAUUAUGUGGGACUGUAGCCUAAGGGUCAUACUGGUAACUGGUAAAUAUGUCACAGUGUAUUUCAGGACAUGCUAUUGAGUAACAUGAAAAGAAUAUAAAAAAGCAGCAUAACAAAUUACUUUUUACUGGGAAGUAAUCAAAUUCAUUUCUUUUAA